GAGGAAGGACAUGGAAGCAGCUACUUAGCUCAUCUCGUCGUAAGGGGACGAUAUCGGCUCCGUUCAUAUGGUGGGGGAAAUAAGCUACUGCCACUUGCUUAACUAAAGACCCGUCAUCUGAGAGAACGGACCGGUUUCUGUUUUCAUAGGACAGUUAACAAACGCUACAGUUAAUACUAGUCGCACACCCUGACGAAGGCAACUAGUAAGUCUGUGCAUCGCUUUGUGAACUUUCUUUAACUUUUACGCACGGAGUGGGAGCAUUAUUUUGUGUUCCAAGAAAAAUGUGCGCCCCCAACGCAUCGUUUUUUUGUCGUGCGUAAUGUUGUUUUGAAGACUGCGACUUAUCCACUAAUGCAUUUUGGACAUAUUUGAAGAGUAUCCACACGUUGUUUGAGGGAGAACAGUGGGCUUGAGCCACCCUUUUAUCUCAAUUUGUUAUUAGUCCAGCAGAAUGCCUCGACCAGGGAGAAACACGUACAGUGACCAGAAACCACCGUACUCCUACAUCUCCCUUACCGCUAUGGCGAUACAGAGUUGCCCAGAGAAGAUGCUCCCUCUUAGUGAGAUUUAUAAAUUCAUCAUGGACAGAUUUCCAUACUACAGAGAGAAUACGCAACGGUGGCAGAACUCAUUGCGACACAACUUGUCGUUUAACGACUGUUUCAUCAAAAUUCCAAGGCGACCGGACCAACCUGGCAAAGGGAGUUUCUGGGCUCUCCACCCUAGUUGCGGGGACAUGUUCGAGAAUGGAAGUUUCUUGAGACGCCGUAAACGCUUCAAGUUAAUGAUGACAUCAGACCACUUAGCACCUAACAAACCGUCGGAUGCUGCCCAUUACCUGCAACAACAAGCUAAACUUAGACUGAGCGCUCUGGCAGCUUCUGGGACUCAUCUUCCACAGAUGUCAGGUUACAACAUUGGAGUCCCUCACCAGACGUCCACUUUCAAGCACCCAUUUGCUAUCGAAAACAUAAUUGCCAGAGAGUACAAAAUGCCCGGGGGACUUGCCUUUUCCACUAUGCAGUCCAUGUCUGCUGGCUAUCCCCUGCAUAACCAACUGACCACAGCCUGGCCCCACAUGUACAGCACUAGCGUGAUGGACACGGCAGCCCCCAUCUCAAUGGCCAGUGAUUACUCUCCGUACGGGAUGCCCCUCAAGUCUUUUUGCCACGGUGGACAGACUUUACCUGCCAUUCCGGUGCCAAUAAAGCCUACCAUGGCCUCAGUGCCGGGUCUGUCAGCGCUUCCAGCUCACAUUCCAGCUUUCCUUGCGAACUCGCCGCAGUCUUUAAGUCCUACAUCCCCCCAAACAGCUACUAGCCAAAGCAGCCCUGCCACUCCAAGCGAAACUCUCACAAAUCCAUCCUCGGCAUUGCAGUCAGUGGUUGCAGUCCACUGACAAGACGUUCGUGGGACUUGCAUAAACUUCUUAAAAUCAUCCACUCCAAAGCAGUAUUUUAUUUGCAAUUAUCACAACCAAGACCGUGCAAUAUCUCGUCUAUAAGGCAAGAUGUUUGCGUUUUGUUGUUUAUUGAUGUACUUAGAUGUUUUAAUGGAGCAUUGUUGUGGCAGUUGCUAUGUCUAUUUAUGACACCUGUGUUAGCCGACAUCAUCUCACAACUUUUCAGGUAAAUUCUUUAAUUACCAAGUUAUCCUCAAAAGCACUGAAAUGUUAUCUCUCUGAAUAUUCUUGCUCUGUAAUGCAAAGCCUCCAAAAUUGAAAAUCACAAUCUUUUAAUUUCUUUUUGCAAUCACAAGAUCAAUUGGUGGCUGAUAUUAAAUAAAGUCUGUUUUAGGUACUCAUUGGCUAUUAUAUUUUUUCCUUGUCAUGGUACAAGGGGAGAAAAAAAAUACGGAAAGCAACUAUUAGAUAAUUUAUUGGCAAUCCACAGCCCACGAUUAGAACAACUCGGCAAAACUAAGUGACAUGUAACUACCUUACAAAUCCGCAUUUCAAUUAGUAUACCAAAUAGCUUCAGUUUCAAUUGUUUAUAUUUGGUUUAUAUAAAUUCACUUGAAAUUAACAAUCAAAGCUAUGACAUAAAAAAAUAAAACAUUCAAAACAUAUUUAUUAUAAAGGUUGAGGUUUUUGAAAAUUUGGAAAUAAAUACAUGAACGUAAGAAUAUUGAAAUGUGUAAAAUGCACUUUUUAGUUAGACGUUUUUGAUUAUCUGUAGCCUAGAUUACAGAUCGUUAGUUGCUAUGUGGACCAUAUAAUUUAAAAACCGUGGUAAACUUUAAAUGCUGUAUAUUUGUACGUUCUCUGUAUAGAUUAAAGCAUGUUUCCAAACGUUGUGUUGUAUUUGCUGCCAGCAUGCGUGCUUUUUAAGUGUGCAUUGUGUCUGCAAUAAAUUAUUGGUCAUCAAGAGAUUUUCCCAUUAAAAUGUGCAUACAUAUUAUGUUAUCUUAAUGUGUAUUCUUAAUAAUUUGACUAUGGCUAACACACAAGCACACACACACAUACAUAUUUAACUUUCUUGAAGUUGUAACGUUCAUGUCAAAGAUAUUGCAAAAGGCAAAAGCAAAUCCUUUAGCAUGAAUUGUUGCAGAUGAUCCUACUAUAAACUGAAAUAUCUCUCUCCAUGACCACGCUGUUCUGAUAGAACCAAGCAUGUUAUGAGCACACGAAAUUUCGUUCAUUCAACAGUUUAAAAUAGCCUACAGAUUGUUUUGACUUAGGGAGUCAAAUGGCCUUUAUUAAGUAUGGAUUUUUCAUUUACUAUUGAAGUUUAAGGAACUUUCAAGGCAAUAUAAAUAUCAUAAUAAUUCCAUCCAUAUUGACAACAUGUUACUUUAACAUUUGGUUAUGUAAGUAUAUACAAUAUUUGAGAAUAAAAAAAGAAGUUUCCUAUUUCAUAUAUUUAGUUUCUUCUAUUUCCCAAAAAGUUUUUUAUAGAGGUAUUUAAUAACCUUCAAAUAACGUUACACUUAGACCGAUAUGCUUCAUACUGAACCUUAUUCAAGAAUAUUAACAAAUAUAUUAGAAUUCCUAGUGUAUACUGAUGAUACCGAAUAAGUGCUUCAAUCCACUUCAUUUACUCAAAUUCACUUGAAUGGACAAUUCGAAGAAUGGCAAACUUCGACUGGGCCACCGGUGUAGAUUUAGCCUGUUUUCAAAGAGACAAAAAGACUGAUUUUCUCAAACACAUUGCUGACUGAGGGAUUUGGAAACGAGUUUAGAAACCUAUUUGGAAUUUAAAUGUGCCCCUCCCCCUCCACUUCUUUUGAU